UUCUAUCUACAUCUUCCACAUCCCAACACACUUUUAACCAACCAAACUCCCCAAAAAAACAAUCUUUUUUCAAAAUCCCUCAACCCCCAAAAAAUUGAAAAACUAAUUUCCAGUCAGAAGCCCAAUUCUCAAAAUGAUACCAUUUUCAAGAACUGGAAUUAUCUUUCUUCAGACUUAACAGAAAAAAUCCUCUCUUAUCUCCCAAUUCGUUCUAUAAUCAUUGCUUCUUCUGUAUGCAAAAACUGGAAUUCUAUAAUAACUUCUUCCUCUUUUACCACCAAAAUCUCUACAACAAAAAAUAAACCAUGGCUUUUUCUAUGUGGCCAAAACAGUAUUUUUUUCAAGAAUAACCAAGCAUUUGCCUAUGACCCAAAUUCCAAUGAAUGGAUUUCACUUCCCAUUUCUACUCUUUUAUCCCAAGAUUUCUUUAUUGGUUCUAAUGGUUUUUUCUUUUCUACUUCUUCUGAAAAUUUCAGUUUUAAGCCAAUUUUCAAUGGCAUUUGGAACCAAACAAGUCCUUCGAGGUUUCCUAGGUGUAAUCCUCUUGUGGGUGUUUAUUACAAUAAUGAUGGACCAAGAUUCAUUGUUGUUGGUGGUGUUAGGUUUGUCGGUGGAUUAGUUGAUGUUGAGGAUCGUUUGGCUGUUGAGGUAUAUAAUCCAAAUCUUGAUUCUUGGGAACUGUGUCCACCUUUGCCAGCUGAUUUCAGGUCAGGGAAUUCAUCACAAUGGUUAUGUUCAGCUUUGUUGAGGAAAAGGUUGUAUGUCUUUGGUAUAUAUUCUUGUUUUGUUACGUGUUUCGAUUUGGAUGAGCAUGUGUGGAGUGAAGUAGAGACACUCAGACCACCUGGGAUACUGUUUUCAUUCUUAGUAACAUGUCGAGAAUGUUUGGUUUUAGGUGGAUUGUGUAACUUACAAAGUGGACCAAGUUUUGUACUAUGGAAAGUUGAUGAGAAAACAAUGCAGGAGUUCAGUGAAAUUGCUAUAAUGCCUAAUGAACUGAUGUGUUGUUUGUUUGAUAGUGAUGAAGAUGAUAGAUUUGCUAGUUUAAAGUGUGUUGGAUUGGGUAAUCUUGUUUAUGUGUAUAAUGAGGAGCAUUAUAAGAGUUAUCCUGCUUGUGUUUGUGAAUUUACUAGUGAAUUUGGGAUGUGUAGUUGGAGGAAGUUGCCUAAUUUGCCAGCAUCUGCAAGUAAGUUUCAUAGAGUGGUUAGUUUUUGUUCAGCUGCUUCACUUGAUAACAUUCUUGUUGGUGCAAGAAUUUGAAGUUUCUCCGAGACAGAGCAGAGCAGUGUGGUGGGAUGGAUGAGAUUCUUCGUCUUGUGCAUAAUAAUAGUAUGUUUAGAAAUAGAUUCUCGUUCCUAUUUCCACAAUAUAUGAAUUUAUAGAUGAUACUUUUUUUCA